AUGCCCAGGAAGCCUGGCUGGAAGCGCUCCGAGGCCACGGCCCGGCGCUGGGAGCACAAGCUAGACUUGUCCUGGCGGGGAGUGGAUGAGCUGGCCUCUUCUGGGCUAGCUGUUCAAGUUCCUCGUCAUGAGCAAUGCCCUGAGCCGACCACUCGCCUUGGUCUUGGUUCUCGGCAUUCUGUGAAGAAGCAGAACUGGCCCACUUCGUCGUACGUCGACAAGCCUUGUAAGUGGGUCGUUCCGCCAGUGUUUCCGGACAAAAAGUUUGCAUUUGUCCUUGGAAACUCCCAUCUGCGUGCGAUCGUAGAUGGGUUCGUGCCGAUGCCAGAAGACGGUUUUUCUUUUGGCUUCUGCUCCAUACCCGGUGGUUCUGCCCGGGACAUAUGCAAGGAGCUGUCUUCACAAAUGGCUUGUGAAGACCCACCACUUCAGAGGGAGCCAGACGUCGUGUGUCUCCUCGCUCCUUGCAACAACCUAACAGCCAGCAAGACGGUUACAGAGGCUGCAUCAGAGUUCGCCCGACUCCUCGACGUAGUGUGCAGCCGCUGGCAAGAGGUCUGUGUUCUGGAUUUUCCACCUCGUCUGACAGUAGAGGUGGAGCUCCAACAGGCCCUUAGGGAGGAGUACCGCCGUGUGGCAGCUCGCAGGGAAAUCCGCUACUUUCCUGUGGCUGAGCACUUCCGGAUGGACAAACUCCGGUUGUGGUGCUGGGAUGGUGCCAAUGAUGAGUGCCACGAGGGCAAACACCUCGUUGGCCCCAGAGGCGACCGCUGUCUCAGCCCAAAGCGCGAACAAGUCCAGUAA